AUUGGGCAGUUACAAUUAGGUUUUUCUGGUAAUAUCGAACUUCUUCGUUCGUCGCUCCAAAUACAUAAGAACCCUAGUUUCCCUUUCGUCUCUCUCGAUUUCAACUCUUCCUCUACAGUUUUUUUCUUGGUUUCAAUGGAUCCGAAUCCUAAAACAUACCCAAUUCUAUCGUAUACGAUGAAUCUACUUCCAUCACUUGGUAAAAAGCAUCCAAGUUAUUCAGAUUUUGAUGAUAUCGAUAUCGAACAACAAGCAGGACAGUCGAAUUCAUCAGCAUCACCAUCAAAAACAGCAGCAGCAGGAACGGGAGGAUCGAAAUUAGAAAGCUCUAUCAAUAGAGAAGUAGAAUUAAUGGAAGUUAUGCCACACUUAAAAGAUCCAGAAGUUUUAUCAGCAAUGACUUCAGCUGUAUCUGAUGUAUCACAAACAAGAUCAAUUCUCAAAGCAUUAGGUGAAAGACCAGAUCAUGAAUCAGUUGAUUCAGCUAAAUCCAAGAUUUCUGAAAUUGAAUCAAAUUUAUAUGAUCAGAUUCAAGAGAUUGAAGCAGAUUCGAGAUUACCUAAUGCGGUUGAGCUUGAGAGAGAGAUGGGAAUUGAAGCUGAGAAAGAGAAGAAGAUUUAUGAAGCUGUGAUUAAAUCAGAUGAGAUGCAUGAAUCCUAUGAAACAUUGUUGAAGAACGCUGAAGAACGAUUGCUGAAGAUUUAUCGGUUGGCUUCUUCGAGAGAUAGGAAAGGGAAGGGAGUGGCGGAGGAGGAGAGGAUGGUUGAUAAAGAAAUGAAUGAGGAAGUCGUGAGAAUUUUACAAGAAGGUUUAAGUAAAGGUAUUGAAAGAGUUGUGUUGUGUGAUCGUGAAUUGAGAUAUCUUCCUGAGGAGUUUGGAAAGAUCCGUGGAUUGGUUUCUCUUGAUCUUUCUACUAAUCAGCUCCAGGUCAUCCCUGAUUCAAUCUCAGGACUAGAAAAGCUAGAAGAGCUUAAUCUUUCAUCGAACAUUUUGGAGUCGUUGCCAGAUUCUAUUGGGUUGCUGGUGAAUCUGAAAUAUUUAAAUGUGUCCACCAAUGAACUCAAGACUUUCCCCGGCAGUAUUAUCAGAUGCAGAUCAUUAGUGGAGCUGGACGCAAGCUAUAACCAGCUGACUUAUUUGCCAACGAAAAUUGGUGAAUUGGUGAAUCUACAGAAGCUCUUGGUCGGCUUCAACAAAAUUCGUUCCCUUCCCAGUUCUAUUUGUGAAAUGAAGUCAUUGCGCCAUUUGGAUGCACACUUCAAUGAGCUACAUGGUCUUCCACACACUAUUGGGUUCUUAACUAGUCUCGAGAUUCUUAAUGUAAGUAGUAACUUCAGCGAUUUUAGGGAGCUUCCUGUCACGUUUGGAGAGUUGAUGAACCUCAAAGAAGUAGAUAUUAGUAACAACCAGAUCAGUGCUCUUCCUGAUACAUUUGGCCGCCUAGACAGUCUCACCAAACUCAACUUGGAUCAGAAUCCACUUUUCAUUCCUCCUGCGGAGAUUGUGAAGCAAGGAGUUGACGCUGUCAAAGAGUUCAUGGCAAAGAGGUGGGUUGACAUUUUACUUGAGGAGGAGCGUAAGAGUAUGGAAGCACACACCCAGGCACAAAAAGGAUGGUUGACACGCAGUACUUCGUGGUUGACAGGAUAUUUGGUCGGCGGAGAGAAAUCUCCAAAGGCGCAAGUACAUUAUCUCGACCAGGAUUUAUAGUAUUUUGAUCGUCCUCUGGACUAUCCCCAGAUGUGUCUAUGCUUGUACAGCAAAUGAUAAAUAUGGCACCCCACAUUUCAUAAGAAACCUGAUGAAGCCAAAGGGUGUUUUAUCUAAAUUGUAUAAAUAAAAUUUUGUUUCUAAAUUGUAUCUAAAUUGUGUAGGAUGCUGAAAAUACCAAAGUGGUUUAUUUCCAUUGU